GACGCUCUUAGCAACGAGCAAAGGAAUCAAAUUGAUGUGGACCGAUGCUAUCGAGACGACGGACUGAGAAGGCUCGGUUUAUUGCUGAAACGAAUUCUGAAGGCAUCUGCGUAAGGCUCUCACGGUUCUUCACCCUCUCUGGACGCAAUGUCGUGAGUUGAGAUUGGCCUAUCCAGCAAUAAUAAGUCGCUUAAACAGUCCUGAGCACGGACGACUAUUUUGCUAGCUAGUAGCUAUCCUUGCUAACAAGCUAGUUAGCAGCAGCUGGCUAGCUAACUGUCUGGUCUAGAGUCUAGCACUGAGCUAGCUAUCAAGCUAACCAGAAAAACUGAUUUCCCUUGGAAUUUGCUGUCAACUACUCUGCCUUGUUGGGAUGGUUCUGUGGACUGAUAAAACAAUCCACAAGCAGAGAGAGGCACGGGGUACAGGGGGUCGACAACGUUGUAAUUCUUGGACUUCAACUAGUUUUGCCUUAAGGAGCGGUGCUUUUGUGGACGAGUGUUUUUGUACAGCUGCUAGUUGACGGAAACUGAUCUCUUGUCCAUGGAACCGUGUUGGCAAAGUUGUGGAAAACAAAGCGGACAUUCUAAGAAAACCCUCAGGGAAAUAAGUAGCCAUAAUAACUAACGUGAGCUGACUGACCUCGAAGAAAAUAAGUUAACUAACUUAGCUGGUUAAUUUCUACAGUUGUAGCUUUAUUGCUAAUUAACAGCUAAUUUACAAUAGCUAAAUAACAUUGAUCUGGAUGUGAUAUCAAGUCGACCACUGUUGGCAUCGAAGCGAAGUGCCCGGGAAUAACUCUUGUGCUUAUGAAGUUGCCAGUAAGCAUUUAGCUGGAUGAGGGCUGCAUUAUUUAAUAGGAAUUGAGCUUUCACAGACCACUUAGUGCCUUGAACUGCUCCCCCACGUCCUCCAUUACUUGAUAGGUCAAACUUAGUUAUUUCAUAAACACUAAAAGUAACCAGAUUUGGUGAAGACUGUGAUGUAGUUGAUAACGUGAGCGGUUAUAGUUAAUUGUCAAUGCGUGACACAAGUGGCAAACAGUGGUGAAUUUACUUUGAUUUGUUCACCUUGACGGUUUGGAAAACAACUCAACAACAAGCCGUUUAUUCAAUCUGAACCCUCGGGCUUAUCUGAAGACCUGCAUCAACGGAUCAUGCAAAUUCUGCGAACGAGGAAACUGGACAUCGCUAGUUUGCUGCUGUAAACGAACAGUCAAUCAUUUAAUGGGAUGUUUUUUUCGUCAGAACAUACCCAUAAAGUUUCUUCAGUCUGUAAAGAAGAACACGAACUGUAUUUGCACAACAUCCAAAUGGACUCUCAUCCUCUGAACACAUCGCAUCAGUUUUCUAAUUAGUUUUCACUUGAAUCCCUUUCCCCAUCAUCAUUUUUAUCCUGGACCUAUUUUGAUGCUGGGUUGUAUGCCAAACUGCAGCCAUGAUGAUAUUAAGCAGAAAGCCAGACGGUCCCAUUACGGCAGCCAGACAUGGGGACGGCCUCUAUGACUCGUACAUGCGCACCGACCACAUCCUGAACGAGGACGCCGACAUCAACGGACACAGCCCCGCCGGACUCCCUCCGCUCCCCAAACACUCCACUGUGAACAAGCCCAUGAUGAAGGACCACCAUGGUGUCCGCACGGCUCAGAUGAAGGUGAAGUAUCUCUACGAGGACGCCUACAACCGCAAGCUCAACGGCCUCACGCAGUCCAACGGGCUCCCCGCCACCAACGGCGUCACCCUGGGCAACGGGGUCCCGGUCCCGGUGGCCGUGAAGAGCCAGCCGACGCUCUCCAAGGAGCGCAGCGUGGACAGCAACGGCUCGGCCAAGUCCACCGAAACCACCACCACCACCACCACCUCCUCCUCGGCCGCCGCCACCAAGGCCUCCUCCGCGAAGCCCCCCGCGGGCUCGCUCACCCCCGAGCAGGCGCUCAAGCAGUACCGGCCGCAGCUGACGGCCCUGGAGCAGCAGGAGAUCCACUCCUUCGCCGACGUCUACUUCCUGGGGCCCAACGCCAAGAAGAUCCAGAGCGUGGCGGGCGGCUCCAACAACAGCGGCUACGACGACGACCAGGGCGGCUACAUCCACGUGCCGCACGACCACCUGGCCUACCGCUACGAGUUCCUCAAGGUCAUCGGCAAGGGCAGCUUCGGGCAGGUGGCGAAGGUGUACGACCACAAGCUGCACCAGCACCUGGCGCUGAAGAUGGUGCGCAACGAGAAGCGCUUCCACCGGCAGGCGGCCGAGGAGAUCCGCAUCCUGGAGCACCUGCGCAAGCAGGACAAGACGGGCGGCCUCAAUGUGGUGCACAUGCUGGAGCACUUCACCUUCCGCAACCACAUCUGCAUGACCUUCGAACUCCUCAGCAUGAACCUGUACGAGCUCAUCAAGCGCAACAAGUUCCAGGGCUUCAGCCUGCCGCUGGUGCGCAAGUUCGCCCACUCCAUCCUGCAGUGCCUGGAGGCGCUGCACCGCAACAAGAUCAUCCACUGCGACCUCAAGCCCGAGAACAUCCUGCUCAAGCAGCAGGGGCGCAGCGGCAUCAAGGUCAUCGACUUCGGCUCCAGCUGCUUCGACCACCAGCGCGUCUACACCUACAUCCAGUCGCGCUUCUACCGGGCGCCCGAGGUCAUCCUGGGCUCCCGCUACGGCAUGCCCAUCGACAUGUGGAGCUUCGGCUGCAUCCUGGCGGAGCUGCUGACGGGCUACCCGCUGUUCCCCGGCGAGGACGAGGGCGACCAGCUGGCCUGCAUGAUGGAGGUCCUGGGCAUGCCGCCGCCGAGGCUCCUGGAGCAGUCCAAGCGCGCCAAGAACUUCGUCAACUCCAAGGGGCACCCGCGCUACUGCACGGCCAGCACGCUCGCCAACGGCGCCGUGGUGCUCAACGGGACGCGCUCGCGCCGCGGCAAGAUGCGCGGCCCGCCGGGCAGCAAGGAGUGGUCGACCGCGCUCAAGGGCUGCGACGACCCGACCUUCAUCGACUUCCUGAAGAAGUGUCUGGACUGGGACCCGGCCACGCGCAUGACGCCCAUGCAGGCCAUGCGCCACCCCUGGCUCUACAAGCGGCUGCCCAAGCCCGUGCCCACCUCGGGCGGCGUGGGGGGCGUCGAGAAGCCCCUGGUGCCCAAGCGGGUGACGGAGCACAGCACGUCGUUCCCCAGCAUCAUGGGCAAGGUGCCCCCCUCCAUCGCGCCCGCCAACAACAAACUGCGGACCACCAUGAUGGGCGACUCGGGCGGCAGUAUACCUCUACGCACUGUGCUCCCCAAACUCGUCUCGUAGAGUUGACCCAAACCCCCCCACUCCCCAACCCCCCCUUCAGGGACAUGAACUUGAUUUGUAGUGUUGGUUUUUAGACUUUUUUUUGUUUUUGUUUUCUUUUUGUUUUCUACGGUUUGAGUGGUUAACACCACUCAACGGUUUUAAAAGCAAGCAAAAAAGAAAAAAAUGGACAUGACAUGAUACAAAAAAAAAAAAAAAAAAAGUUUUAUACUAAAUUUCAUCAAUGCUGUGUUUUGUUUUCAUCUUACUGCCUUUGUAAAGGUUUGUGCGUUUUUAAGGGUUGUUGUUUUUCUACACCUGUCUCCGGAAUUGAGUGCUGUCGAGUUAGACGUGGGUGGAAGCCGUUUCUCUGCACCAGGCCUGCACACCUGCAGGCUUUCACACUAGUGUUUCUACUGGAGUCCGGCCACUCUGGACUUUUUUUAAACACCUUCUACGCGUCUGUCUGCCCUUCUGAGGGCUGACCGGCCGUUUUAACUUCUAAGGGCUCAGCAGACUGUUGAAAUUAGUAGCACCCUGUGAGUAUUUGCGUAUGCUUACUAAUAUCCGAGAGGUGAAGUGUUACGUCUAGAACUCUGAUGAGAAAUGAUACAGCCACUGUGGAGUUUUUUUAUUUUGUUUGUUUGUUUGUUUUAGGCACCCCCUAGCCCAAAGUACACAGGUUUUGUUUGUGAUGUGAAACGUACAUCUUAAGUAGCACAAUGCUAGCGAUGAAGUCAGCCUUACACUCAUCCUCUCUUCCUCCCCCCCCCUCUCCUGCUCCGUGUGUGUGUGUGCGUGUGUGUGUCUGGCAUCUCGCAUUACAGUGUGAGUCAGGCCGCAGUUAUGGCACGACCUAUUCCUGUCUCUGGCGCGUCCGUGCCCCAAUGCAGCGGCCAGCGACGGACAGGGCGGCCACAGCUAGUCUUAGCAGCCACGUGUGUGUGUGUGUGUGUGUGUGUGUGUGUGUGUGUGUAAGAGAGAAAGAGAGAGAGAUAUCAGGCCGUCAAGCUGAUGUUCUGCUUUUUUCUGUCCUUUUUUUAAAUGGUGUUCCCACAACGCAACUCUUAGUGGUCCUCACCAGACUGUGUGUGUGUGUGUGUGUGUGUGUGUGUGUGUGUGUGUGUGUGUGUGUGUGUGUGUGUGUGUGUGAUCUAUCAAGCCCUGAGAGAGUUCAGCGAG